AUGGCGAACGUCGCCGCGGGGACGAAGGUGUCCGCCGCUGCCGCCGCCGCCGGGCAGCCGAAUAAGAGGACGUUCCGCAAGUUCACUUACCGCGGCGUGGACCUCGACGCGCUCCUCGACAUGUCCACCGACGACCUCGUCCAGCUCCUCCCCGCCCGCGGCCGCAGAAGGUUCCAGUGGGGGCUGAAGCGGAGGCCCUUGGCGCUCAUCAGGAAGCUGCGCAAGGCGAAAAGGGAGGCACCAGCCGGUGAGAAGCCAGCGCCUGUGAAGACUUAUGUGCGCGACAUGAUCAUCAUACCAGAGAUGAUAGGCAGCCAAAUUGCAGUGUACAAUGGGAAAUAUUUCGUCAUAAAUGAGAUCAAGCCCGAGAUGAUUGGGCACCACCUCGCCGAGUUCUCCAUCAGCUACAAGCCCGUCAAGCACGGGAGGCCCGGCAUCGGCGCCACCCACUCCUCGAGGUUCAUUCCUCUCAAGUGA